AUGUUUAGAAAUGCCAAGAAGAAAGUUGCCAUUCCUACGAAUAUGUUAUUUAAUCAAACAGAUCUUGAUAAAGGAACACAUGUAUUAGGUAUAAGUUACAAUGGCUCAAAGAUUCUCAUUAUAAGGCAAGUUAAAUAUGAAACAUGCUCAGAAUUUAGAUUGAUUAUUAGAGAAAUUGAUUGUUUCAAUUUUAAAAUGUCAGUAGAUAUCGAAUCACACUUAUUAUUUUCUGCAAACGGCUUACUCAACUAUAUUAAGUUUGGAAUGCAUUUCAUUUUGCUAGAGAUACUAGACAGCACAAUAGAAUAUAUAGUGAUUGGAUAUAUGCCGGAUGAGUCAAACAUAUUUGUAUAUUUCUCCGUUAUAUUGCGAAACAAAAAAAUAAUUAAUUUUUCAUUUCCAACAAAUAGCAAUGUAUUUGAUUGGGAUCCAAAUACAUCACUUAUCGUAAACAAGGAUAGCGGAUUCAUUAUUGUUAGUGCUGUUUCUAGUUUGAAAAUAAUUUGUUUUGAUCAAGAAUGGAACCCAAAGUUCAAGUCCAUUGAUAUAGAUAAAUAUAUUUCAAGAAUUUUAGGCGAUUCCACAAUGUUAUUAGAAGCAUAUAUCUCAAAAAUAAUCACAAAUAUUGAUGGAUGCUUCUACACGUUUAUUGGUUUUGUCUACUAUAGCGAAUCGAAACAGUCAUGGAUGCUGAUGAGCCAUAUUCUUAAAAUAUCUAAUGAUGGAAAGACAACACUUUUCAAUUCAACUGCGAAGUCUUUGACAAAGCGACCAAGAGGCGAAAAAAUAACUAAGAAACUUGACGAUUUAUACAACAUGCACUUAUUCAUGUCCAAACCAGAAUGUCUUAAUAAUCAAAUAAUUUCACAUAAUAAUUACGAUUAUAAAAAUGGAAUCCGCUCUAUGAUGAUACCAACAGCAGAAUGUUGUUUAAUUGAUAUUAAAAAGAAACAAAAAAAUUAUGAUUUGAUUUUCUAA